AUGGCUGGGGUCGUUCCGUACAAUUCCGCAUUACUGCUCAAAUACGAGGCGCACAUAAACUUGGAGCUUGCUUCUACUCGUCGCGUAAUAAUCAAGUACCUCUUUAAGUACCUCAUGAAAGGCGGUUCUCUCCAGAACGUAACCGUCACUCCCCUGGGGAAACAAGAGGAUGAGGUCGAGCAUUACGUGACGAAGAGAAUGGUGGGUGCCAGCGACGCAUGCUGGCGUCUUCUCGACUUUCCUGUGUCAAAGCUCGAGCCCACCGUUGAGUGUCUUCCCGUGCAUUUAGAGGGCAAACAAAGUGUUGUCUUUCGGCCGAGACAGCUCUCUGAUGCAGUCACUCAAGCAAGCUCCAAGCUUAUGGUCUACUUCAAUCGCCCGCACCAUGAAACUUUUGACAAUGUCCACGUACCAGACAUUUUACGAGAAGUUCAUGGUGCACACUAA